UCUUAUUCCCUUCUUUCUCCAUAUGCAUACAAAUACAACCUCUAAGGCCAUAAAUACAGACAGAGUUUGGGUCGAUAAUAAACAAGGCAAAGUACUGUGACCAGACUCCAGAGCAUUGGAGAAGCACGUAUUUAUGGCGUUGUCAAGUCAAUUUGAUGAGUGUUCUCCUUCCCAGGAAUUCGUGACCAGAUCAAAUAGAGAUGUGCCUCCCUCAGAUUACUUGCUCAAGAUUGAAAGCUUCUCUCUAGUGUCCAAGGCAAUGGACAACUACUUAUCCAAUUAUUUCGAAGCUGGUGGAUACAAAUGGAGGUUAUCUAUAUAUCCUAAUGGUGACAAGAAAGCUGAUCAAGGAAGAUCAACGAGGAGCGAUGACCGUUGCAUAUCAGUAUACUUAAUGUUUGCUGAGCCUGAUAUUUUGGAAAAUGGUUUGGCAAUUGAUGUUAAUUUCAAGUUCUUCGUGUACGACUAUAUCCAGAAGAAUUUUCUAGUAUUUGAAUAUGCUUAUGAGCAAACGAAGAAAUUUCACAAGUUGAAGUGUGCUCAUGGGAUUCUGAAUCUCAUGUCAACGGCUGAAUUUUGUGAUGCUUCAGCUGGGCGGUACUUAGUGAAUGACUCGUGCACAUUCGGUGUAGAACUUUUUGUUAAAAAAAAUAUGGCUACCAAGGCUGUGUGUUUGUCAAAUGUUCGUAUGCCCAAGAAUGACUUCUGUAUGAUGAGAGCUCAUAUCUGGAAGUUCGAUAACUUCAGUAAGAGGAAGAACAAAUUGUAUUACUCCAAUUCGUUCAUGGCUGGUAAAAGGAAAUGGAGACUGCUAAUUUGUCCCAGAGGGGAUAACCAAUGUUUAGCAGCUGGCGUGGAACUAGCAGACACAUAUGGCAUGUUUGGUUUGAACAAAUGGCUUAAAAAGGCAAAUUAUAAUCCGAAAGUGUAUGCAAUGUUCGCACUCAUCAUUCAUGAUCAGACGGAUGUCUCGGACCUGAGUACUAACUUCAGAAACGAUUGUUGGGGCAUUUUCAGUGAAGCAAGUACCUGCAAAUUGAACAGAACUUUUAUGGACCCGACAGUGUUGCAUGACCCUUCAAAAGCCUUCAUACUACACGACGUCUUGAUCAUUGAAGCAAAGAUAUAUCAUAUAUUCUUUGACAAAGAUAUUUAGUUCAAAAAAUUUGUUUAUCACGUAUAUUUUGUUAAUUUGACUUAUAUUUUAUUGCAGAUUAA